AUGCAGUUCGUCUUUCUGGUUCUGGAACUGUGGGAGAGGUUCCAGAGUGUUAAUGCCAGGAUACGUGAGUUGCUGCCACCGCUCAGUGUUCCCGAGCUUCGUGCUGUGCUUGGGCAUGAGCUGGGGGACGUGUCACCUCAAGCCGCCUCUGGUAGACUGCGCCAGCUGAGGGAGGCGUACCUGGUGCUGAUGCACGCGGCGGAGACCCUUCAGCAGCACUUUGGCCUGUCGCUGGCCCUGAACAUCGCCGGCUAUGUGGGCGGCACCACCUUCUUCGCCUACGAUGUGGUCAGCUCAGGAGGGAAGCGGCAUUCGCCCUUCGAGUGGCCCAUCAUGUCCGGUCUGUGGAUGGUCCACCACUCGCUGCAGCUGGUGGCGCUGUCACUGGCGUGCGCAGCGACUGUGGACUCGGCAGCCUACACUGGGCCACUGCUGCUCAGGGCGUCCGCUCUCUGCGAUUGGCGCGGUCCAGAACUGGAUGCCUUCGUGCAGCUCACCCUGCGAGGACCGCGACUGCAGUUCUCGGCUGCUGGACUGGUCGUCAUAGACAGGCGCCUGUUGGUGUCUGCACUGGCCGUGGUCGUCACCUACCUUGUCAUCCUUCGGCAACAGUGA